GUGAAGUUCUCAGUCUCAACAUUCCCUUACUAGACAGCAGAGGUCCUCUAAAGACGCUGAACCAUCGCUAAAGUCUCAGCGAGUCCAUCACACGCUCAGAAGGUCAUCCGCCCAAUAGUCAUCCAGCAUCUCGGACGUUCAAGGUGAUCAAUCUUGAAAAAGGGCGGAGGGCCAGCCAGGAAUGGGACUCAUUUGCAUCCGGCUGAAAGAGCUGCUUCGUUCACUAGCAACCUAGCGCUCGCUAGCUAUACCAGCAGUUGUUGCGUCGUGCAGUUGUGUCAGCUCGUACGUCGUCUCUUCCCUUUGGAAGGCUCCCUCUUCUAAAGUCUUCUCUACACAUCGUCUCUCUUUUCUCCUUGCCCAAAGGGAAAAGAAGUAUCAUAAACUUGGAAAGAACGCUUUGACUUUUCGUGAUUUUCAUCGAGUCGCCGCUGCAACGCCGAAGUCGAAACGUCACUUGUGCAAUCUGAUUGUACGAUGGAAGGGUCAGAAUCUCCGGCACAUCCUGGACCUGGCGAUCGCUUGCUGCAGUCUUCCGAGUCUCCCCAUCACGGAGAGUCGUCGGGCAAAGGCCGCGCAGCCUGGCACGCCGUCUUCAAUCCAGAUCGGCCGCAAAAUCAAGUGCAGCACGUCCGAUCAGCCUCGUCAAAAGGUAGACGGGAGGAGCAGCGAUCGAGAUCCUCAUCUCCGGAGACGGGCGCCGGAUCGGCAACCAAAGGUCGUCCACUGUUUGCCAAACCGAUUUCACGAGCACUCGAAAUGAGCGUCACGACCAAAGUAGUCGGCUGCCUCAGGAGCAACAUCCUGACCAUCCUCAACAUCACCGGCGUCUUUUCGGGCGUCGUCCUUGCCCUUGUACUCAGGGCUUCGCGCGAGGAGAAAUGGACACAACGAGAAAUUAUUUAUGUUGGUUUUGUAGGUGAUUUGUUUUUACGAAUGCUUAAGUGUCUGAUUCUGCCACUGAUCAUCUCAUCAAUGAUAUCGGCCGUCGGCUCUCUGGACCUUUCCGUGUCGGGACGGAUUGGCACGCGAGCCAUCGUCUAUUACAUGACCACCACUGUCAGCGCUGUCAUCUUGGGUAUUAUCCUCGUCCUGAUUAUUCAUCCAGGAGAAGGAUCCGAUAAAGGAAUCGUUCGCGGCGGUUCCAUCCGUCACGUCACCACGGCCGACAUGCUCAUGGAUCUCAUCAGAAACCUGUUUCCACCGAAUUUGGUUCAGGCUUGCACCGCUCAGUAUAAGACGGUGUUGACACCGCCAGCCGACUAUUUGGAGUCACUAGCCAAUAUGAACAACUCCAACGGAACGGACGCCGGUAACAUGACUGCCGGAAAGCCAAAAAAUCUCUACGAUUGGAAAAUGUCGUCGGAUUACGAGGACGCCACCAAUAUCCUCGGUCUCGUCGUCUUUUCCACCGUGUUGGGCAUCACUCUCGGACGAAUGGGAGCCAAGGGCAAACCGCUUCUCAACUUUUUCGUCUCAAUGAGCGAAGCCGUUAUGAUGAUCACCGGCUGGGUCGUUUGGUUGUCCCCGGUAGGUGUCAUGUUCUUGGUCGCAUCAAAGAUGUUGGAAAUGGAGAGCUGGGAGGUCAUGUUGGGACAACUUGGCAUGUACUUUUUCACGGUGAUGAUUGGCCUCUUCAUUCACGGUUUCGUCGUGCUUCAGCUGAUUUACUUCAUCGUGACACGCAAAUUGCCGUUCCGCUACGUCGGAAACCUAUCCGAAGCCCUUGCCACCGCUUUCGCCACUUCGUCGAGCUCGGCAACUCUACCCGUGGCGCUCAAGUGCUUGGAAGAGAAAAACCUAGUGGAUCCCCGUGUGACCCGUUUCGUCAUGCCGAUUGGAGCCACCAUCAACAUGGACGGAACGGCCUUGUACGAAGCUGUGGCCGCUAUCUUCAUCUCGCAAGUGCGAGGGAUUCAUCUGACCAUGGGCAACGUCGUAGCCGUCAGCAUCACCGCCACGGCUGCUAGUAUUGGUGCCGCCGGCAUUCCGCAAGCCGGAAUCGUUACCAUGGUUAUGGUUCUCGAUACUCUUGGCCUACCAGCUGAAGACGUUUCUCUCAUCAUAGCCGUCGAUUGGUUUUUGGAUCGCUUCCGGACGUUCACCAAUGUGCUAGGAGAUUCUUUAGGCGCAGGCAUUGUGCACCAUUUGAGCCGUCAAGAGCUGGACGAGAUGCCCGCUCAGCCAACUGGUGCCAAAGAGGUUGAUAUCGAAUUGGACGGCCCCAUCGGUGGUGCAGAUCUAGAGAAGGGAGAGUCGAGCAACGGAGGACCGAGCUCCAGGAAUAACCCCAACGUGACAUCGGCCGCAGUGGAAGUCGAAUGGCAGUCGACGUCCAUGUGAGUCUCGGCCACCGCUUCGGAGACUUUGAUCUAAACACCCCGCGCGCUGGCGACACGGCCCUUAACAGACGACAAAGCGCUAUUGGUCAUGUGGUUCACAAUAGCUAAAUAUUUUUAGUGGCAUCCCGACAAGAAAAAAAAAAACGACACUUUUGCUUUUUUGUUCGGAUUUUCCGUGGUUCGACUUCAUUUUUUGUUUUGUUUUGUUUUUAAUUCUUUUUUCUCUGUUUUUAAGACAUUUCUAUAGAAAAUUCAUAAAAUGAAACACUCUGGUGGUUUUCAUUCUGUUUUCCUAAAUGAAUGCUUUUGGGUUCGAACUUUUUGAUACGUAGAGUUUAAGAUCGAUGUUGUACCGGUAUCUAUUAAUAAUAACAAAGAAACGUGUACGUUUUUUAUGCGAUGGUACGCAUUUGAAAACCCUUCUUCUCUUAAAUGUGAACCCACAAAAAACGUACUGUCCCCUCCCAAACAUUGCCCAUUUGUUGCCUACGUUUCUAAACGACUCCGAAAACUGCGAACAUUUUUUUCUUCCUACAUUUAUCUGAUUUGUUUUUAUCCCGAUAUAUUUUAUUCAAUCAUUACGUUGAAUAACAUCGUAGACAGGUGUUCAUUAUUGAUUAAAAAUUUUAAGAAACUAAAUGUAACUGCAAUUUUUUCCCAUUUGUUGAUCAAAGCAGAAAGUGAAAAGAAUUAGUCUCGAACGAGGAUCGAAACAAAAGGAAAAGAAAAAAAACGUAAAUUUAAUUGGAAUUUCUUUUGUUAUCGAGAAAGCUUAUUAUGUCCACAAAUUCGGUCAACGCCUGCUUUCUUAUACAUACCGUGUAUACACAUCCUACCGGGAAUAAGUUUAGGCAAAGGGAAUAACAUUUAUGAUAAAAUUUUUUUUUUAAUUUUUAAUUAUCAAACAAUCGAAAGUUUUUCGAAGAAAAUUUUUACCAGUUGUUUUAUGCAUGUGCACAUAAUAACAUGAAUGUACAAGGAUAAAAGCUAAAAAAAAAAAUUUUUUUUUUCGGUGUCUGCUUCGUAUCAAAAAGAAAUGGGGAAAAAAAACUUUAUCUAAAUUAGCUUUUCUGUUUAAAAAAACAAAAACAUAAAUACUUGGGGCUUUUUUUUCCAAUGAGUUCCCCAGUCCUUUUGAUAUACAUACAUAUACGCACCCGCUACACGAAAGUGAAUGUACACAUGCGUAGUAGGGUAUAAUGAAGAGGAGUUCUCUCCGAAUUCUUUUUUAAAAAAUUUUUGCGAUUGUUAUCCGCCGCUGUAGGCAAUCCGCGACUACAACAGUUUUGUUCUUUAUUUUGUUUAAAGUACCAAGAACAUGAAAAGAUCACGAAUCACAUGAUUUUAUGCACACCGAGAAGAAAGAAACAAGCAUAUCAUCGCUAGGUUCCAUCUUACCUACUUUCACCCUAAACUUUCCCUUCAAGAAAGGAACGCCAAUAGAAAGAAACUCGAACAUUGUCUUUUUUCCUCCAAAAAUGUUUGGAUUUUUGUAUACUCAAAUAUCCCAAUUGGUUGGGUUGUUACUACUGACGUUUGUUUCUGUACGUGUUGAUUGGAUGGAAUUUGUUCACCACCCUGAAAUCCCUUUCGGAUUUUCCAAAUACUUCGCUGAUGGCCAGCAUCGUUGUGUCAUACAGUCCAAUAUCUUCAGACAAAAAGAAGGCAAAACAUGUACUACUAUGCUUUGAAUUCAAUUACGGAUAACCGUUGCUAUAUUUACAAAACGGUGCAUUUUCAGUUUUUAAUAUCUAUCAAAUCUUUCUUAAAAUAAUAUGUUGACCGCGGCCCGUUUGGAUGUUUUUAGACAGAAAUUACUUGCCGUAUCAUACUCAUUCGUUCAUUCAUUCCCACUUUCUACCACCAUUCUGUCUGGUUACCCUGUUUAUUGAUAAUUUUGAGUUCGUCAACCCUGCUACAUAAUUCUGACACCUGUAGUUGUUGUCUUAUUCAAUUUGAUAAUAUAGCCUGUUGUAGUGUGCCAUUUCUUGCAUACAUACACUGUUUCCCGUU